AUGUUGCAGAGUGGAUCACCUACAGGUAAUUGCAUACUCAUUAAACUAUCCCUCGUCUUCAAUUUUUCUCAAUUUUAAAUUCCAUAUGCAGUUCAAAACAGAAUCAAAAGCCUGAUUAAUUUAAAAUAACUUUUAAAAUUGAAUCAUUUAAGCUUAGGGGAAAAAACAAACCUUUUAAAAGAAAAAGGUGAUCGCAAUGUUUGGCGCCUUUUACUAGAGGUCAACUCUCACUCAGUUCAUACGUGCCGUGAUCAAAGCCAGUGAUCCUAAAGAAUUUUUUUGCUCGCUUUGCCUCUUUUGAAAGAAACUGAAAGAGUAGGGAAAACGAGGAAGUUACUGCUAUUCAGCACUAUUCCUGUAAAGCUGAGGCGGUUGCAUUUGGGAAGGAUUUGAUUUACACUUCCUGUUUAUCUGAAACUGUCAGACUGAUUACAUUCUUCUAAGGCCCACAUGGGACGAAGAAAACAAGGAACGCCAGCGGCUGAACUUUGCACAAAAAUAGAAUGUUACAUCCUAAGGAACCAUUGUUUAACACUACGUAACGUAGGAGAAUGAAAGAGAGUUGAAUGAUGCGUGUGUGUGUGUGUGUGUGUGUGUGUGUCGGGGGUGGGGAAGGGUAAUGUUUGCAUGGCUUACCAGCAGAACUUGAGAGAAUAAUCAUAAACCUUUAUGUUAGCCGUGGCCCGAGUCACCUCAAUUAUAAGUGAAGAAAGAGUUGAAUUUGUGUUUGCUAUAAUGAAGAUUAAGGAUCUGGAGGUCUGGGGUUCAAGUCGCGUUGUUUCCUUAGACAAGGCACUUUGUAGCCUGCGUAGCUGGCGGUAUUGUGUGGGUGCGGGAUUUAAGUUUUGGCGGCGGAGCCGUGUUCCAAAAAAAGGGCGUAGGGACGAGGCGGUUGAAAUACCACCUGCCAGAAAACCCCGGUAUUUUGAAUAGUCCGCACACCAGUGUGCGGAGAAGCAAAUUGGUCCAGGGCCAUACAUAUGUAAAUCAUGUUAGAUGAUCGUUCGCAUAUAUUUCCCAAUUAAGGGAGCAGAUGUCUGAUGGCAUACUGGAAAAGACGUAAUUGAUUGUGGUUUCCCCUUUAAAAAGAGCAUAAUUGAUGACCAAAUUGCAGAAAUGGCGUCAAAUCUCACUCGACUAUAUUACAACGGCUCCGCCGCCAAAUCUCACUCGACUACUACACAAUACCGCCAGCUACGCAGGCUGGGCACUUUGCUCCACUUUGUCUCUCUUCGCCCAGGUGUACAUAUGGGAGGGUCUCAAUGAGGUUAACCGAUAGGCGUAAAACGGCCAAAAAUUUAGUCGAUAGCCGUAAAAAUUGAAAAAUUUUAACCGAUAGCCGUAAAUAGGAUAUCGCGCGUUAUCGAUGGCUGCCCCCUUUUUAUGGAACAGUCUUCCUCUGCCAAUAAGAUAGGAAACAUCAAUCGACUCUUUUAAACGCUCUGUUAAAACAUAUUUAUUUAAGAAGGCUUUUAUAGUUAGAUUAUUUACUUAAUUAUUUAUUUAUUUAUUUAUUUUUAAAUAUUGUAAUUUUACCGGGUACUUUUACUGGUUUUUAAUUUAGUUAUUGAUAAUAUUGUAAUGCGCUUUUGAGUAUUUUUAUAGAAAAAGCGCAAUAUAAGUAUUAAAUAUUAUUAAAAGAGUUAACCGUAAAAGAAAUUGUUCCCUAGAUUUGCUACUUUUAAGCCGGUACUAAACUCACUUAUGGUUGCGUUUUUUAUUUCCCGGCUACUGCGGCUCCGUACGCACGUUAGGUAAAGCGUCUUUUAGGUGUUGACCAAGACCCUGGUUCCAUUUCCGCCGCUCUCUCGGGGAACUAAUUUUUUUUCCAAAGCGAAAGUGUGGCUUCUUGCUGGGGAUUAAUAUUUGCGAUUUUCUGGAGGUCGUGCCCUCGAAACACUAGUGAAACAACACGCAGAGAUGUCACUGUUUGUAAAACACGUUGCCGAUAAACAACAUUUCCCCGUUUUUCUCUGAUGCUACGAUAGACAUUGCCAUGCCUACUCCCUGUACGGCGUCUUCCCACGCAAUCUCGGUCAAGGCAUUUCGGUGGCGAACUCGCUUGGACCAUGUGACCCAAAACGCAUUACGCGAAAUAACGAGGCCUACGGACAAGGCAACGGCUGACAGUGGUUCCGUACAGUACUUCGCUAUCAUUAAAAACACUGGACACUGGAAUUUUGUUAUUGGCCGUUUUCACACUGGAGCUAGAAACGGCCGGAUUACCCGUCUGAGACUAGCCUGUGUACAGCCGCCCCCUUCCCGACAGACAUCCUUCUCCGAUUUUUUUUCUGAGGGGAGGGGGCGGCUGUACACAGGCUAUCUGGAACGGAUAAUCCCGUCUUGAAACUGUCCGUCGAAAUUGAAGGAUAAAGUCAGACGGAUUGUUCACUCAAAAUUAAAACGAUUCCAUUUUCAACUUAAGACGUAUUACCUAUCUGACGCGAAUCAUCAAACGGAUAACCUGUCUCACACGAAUAAUCCGUCCCUAGUGUGAAAACGGCCAUUUCUGUUGUAAUGAAUGUCGCGUCCCGACCUUGAGUUUGGCGUUCAAGUGUGUGGUUUGCUUUUUCACAAAGAUUACUUUUAAAUUGACAAUUGACAUUUCUAUGUGUAAAAUAAUAUUAAAAGUGGAAUACUUUACAAAAAGCAUGAUCUAUCAAAUGUUAAAAUUUUUCAAAAGAAUAGCUUAUUUCACAUUCGGAGAUGAUCUUAAGACCUUUAUUUUGCUUUAAAGGUACAAAAAAUACAGGUUAAUUAAUAUUUCACUUUUUGAAACAAAAGAAGUUAAUUUUUAACUUUCUUGUUAACCGUAACUGAAAAAAUGCCACCACCCCAUUGAGACCCUCAUAUGGAUACCGGGGGGGUACUCCCUAUAAUGGCCUAUACGGGGAGGCUCCGACCAAAAGGGGUACCUUUUUCAGGCCUUAGGUAUAUGAAAGGGUAGGGAUUUUACUCGUUGAAGUAUACAAAAGGGUCUGUGAAUGGGCCUAAAAGGGCUAACAGAUGAAUUUUAUAGCUUUAUUAAGACGAGAAAAAGUUCUACUUUUGUGAGUGAUUCUCAUUUAAAAGACAGUGCAUUUCUUGACAGCAGUUAAAAGGGAUGCAAAGUUCUGGACAAGGUACGUAAGAGGGGUACCACUUUGUUAACAGAAGGUAUACGAAAGGGGUACCUUUUUCGUAAAAAAAUGAUAUAUAAAAGGGUAAGGGGUUGAACCUCGGGGCGGAGCCUCCCCAAAUGAAAAUUUGUUGAGUAUCCCCCCUCGCUGCCAUUUUUAAAACUCUUAGCGUUGAUUUCCAGUGUCGUGUAAUUUUUACGUGCGUACAUGAGUAAAAAUUACGUUCGCAAAUAAAAUAGAGGCAAUGCAUGAAAGGUCGCUCGUAAGCGUAAGAGUUGAACCUCGCUCAACUUUUCGUUUAAUCUCAGCACUUUUAUCUUUUCUCUAUUUUAUUUACGUGAUUAAAAUUUACUUGCGUUAACGUGCCUAGCCAAAAACGGGGCAGUGGAAAGCAACCUUUAGAAACUUUUUGAAGCGUUUCUAUCAAUAAAAACGCAAAUCGCAACCCAGGGUCGAACCUGGACCUCGAACCCGGACCUUUCAUACCCUAAUCUAUCUCUUACCACUACACUACCACACCGACCAGCUAAAAUUCCGAAAAAAUUAAGUACAUACACUAGCAAACUGUUUUUCUCAUGUUACAUCAAUAACAGGUGACCUAUCCCUUUCCAUAGUUUUUAACGUAAAUUCAACUUGGGCUUCAACGUCGUUCUUUCUAAGGCUAUUCAAAAACGUAUUAUUUGCCUUGUUAUAACUUAAUCCAGGGAAUCAAGAGAGGAUCUUGAGGGAAUAUAUUACAUCCAUCAUGAGUAAAGGCUUGGUUACCAAUAGUAGUAACGACCGGUUACAAAAGGGAACUAAGCACCGGCGACAUGCAUGCUGCUCACAUGGGGGUAACCCUGCGAUGGAUUAGCAAUACUCCUAGGCAUGCAUGCUUCAUGCUAAAAAAAAAACCGGGAUAAGCUCCGGUCGUUUGGGGCUUUGGCUCGUGUGCGCCUUUACUUUUACCAUUUUUGGAGAUCAAGAUCCUUGCUCUCAAAGAACAUAUUUGCUGAUUACAUUACAUUUCAGAUGCACACAUCCGUCAAAAACGCCAUGUGCAAAACAAGGAUUCAAACGCCAGUGAAAACUUCACAAGGAAAGAAAUUGAAAUGGCCUGUACAAUUCAAUGUCCGAAAGGAAUCAGGGGACGCCGGGGCAGGCCUGGUCCUCCAGGCAAGCUUGGUCAGCCAGGGCCUCAGGGAAAUCGUGGCAGACCUGGUCCCUCAGGCAAGCAUGGUCCACCUGGGCCCCAGGGACCACAGGGGCCUAAAGGUUCUCAUGGAGAUCAGGGGCCUCCUGGACCUAGGGGCGAUCAGGGCCCUAAAGGACCCAAGGGUGAUCCUGGUGAAUCCAUCUCAGCUCCUUCUAUUGUGACAUCCCUGGUUUCCACGGUAGUAAACGAAACUGAUGUAGCUUCACUGCAGUGUGAGGUUAAAGGAAAUCCUGUUCCUCAAAUUACAUGGCUUAAAGAAAAUACCAGUCUUCCAGCCGACAAACGAAUCGUACAGUCUCGUGGAGGAUUAAUGAUUAAGGAUGUGACGUCACAAGACGAUGGCGUGUACACGUGCGUAGCAAGCAACAUUCUUGGAUUCAUAAAAAAAUCGGCCACGUUAACUGUCCAAGGUAACAUGCUCCUCCUUUGUUACUUACUGGAAAAUUCAUGGAUUAGAAGCUAUUAAUGAGAAAUCAAAUUCCAUUACAUGAUAUACUUUCACCUUAAAAUUAAGCGUAUUAAUAGUCAACGAUGCCUGUUAAAUUCCCCAUAAACAAUUGUCAAUAUCCCCUGGCCACAGUCUACUAAUGAUAAUGAGUCUUGUAAAAAUGCCUGUUUUAUGCGAAUAGAGCGGUAAUUGGGCUAUAAACCUGAAUGCAACUUCGACUAUAGUGUCCUAUAUACCUAAUUAUACAGGAGGGAUUCUACGCAAGACGAUUUGGAACGAUGAUUUUUAAGGCAACAAUGCUGGCACAAUUCGUAGAAAUUUCCCCGCAAUGUUGCAACGCUGUAUUGCACUGAAAAUUAGCGUUGUGAAUCGUCCCGUGUAACAUCGCUCAGGAGAAAAUAAUGCGACCGAAACUGUUAUCGGUAGAUUUUAGGUUCGACUCUAAUCAAGAGAACUGGAAAACGUUUUCCCAGAAUACACUCUUUUUACUUGUAACUUGUUAAUUUUUUUUUUUGGCUUGUUAUAUUUCUUCAUUACUUUACACAGUUGCUGCCUUAAUCAAUCAAAAACCCUCGUCCAUUGUUGCUGAAGUAGGCGAAAACGUGACGUUGCAGUGUAAAGCUACAGGUCUUCCAAUACCAACGAUUACGUGGCGGAGAGCGUUUGGUUCAUUGCCUAAAGGGAAGACUUCAGCAACCGAUGGAAACUUGACAAUUCGUAACAUAGCUAAAACUGACAAGGGUGAUUACGUGUGUUCAGCAAAGAAUUUUCUCGGACAGGACUCCGUUGUUGCUCAAUUGAUAGUGAUUGACAGGCUCACAUUUACCCUUACUCCUCCCCGGAAAGUUACUGUAACACAGUCACGCAACUUGUUGUUAAACUGUGCAGGUCAAGGUAACACUGAGAUCACGUGGAAGAGAACUAGAAAAGGCUUACCUCACAGCCACUUGAUUUAUUCAAAUGGAACUCUGCUCCUCAGGAGCGUGGUUACAAACGAUGCCGGAACAUAUACUUGCGUGGCCAAGAACGCACUUCGUUCUGUCAAGACUACUUCUGUUGUUGAAGUGUACAACAAACCUUUGUCCUGUAGCAGUAUAAAAUCAGGCCACAGUGGAAGCUCUUCAGGUAAUUAUAUUAUUGACCCUGAUGGCAAAGGAGGCGUGGCUCCGUUCAGUGUGUAUUGUGAUAUGAGUGACAAGGGAGGAGUUGGCGUGACAAUCAUAAGUCACAACAGUGAGAGUAGAACUCAUGUGAAUAGCGUCAGUCCUGGAUGUCGUAGUCCAGGAUGUUACAGGAAAGCUGUGACUUACACUGGAGUCAGUACAGCUCAGUUGGCAGAACUCACUGGAGUCUCACAGAACUGUGAACAGUUUAUCAAGUUCGAAUGUAACAACGACGUAGCUUUUAUUGAGAAUAGCUAUGCCUGGUGGGUGUCACGUGACGGAACACGUAUGAACUACUGGGGUGGAGCUACAGGCCAUACCAACAUGUGCGCAUGCGGAGUAGCAAACUCUUGCAGAGGAGGUAAGAAGUGUAACUGUGAUUAUCAAACCACAAUAAUUGGCUGGAGAGAGGACAGCGGUCUACUAACAGACAAGACUUCUCUACCUGUGACACAAAUCAGACUGGGAGACUUGGAUAAUUCGCGUGAGGAAGGUUAUCGCACAGCAAACUCAAAUGUUAUGGACAGGUUUGAUGAACUUAUUUUGCUACAUACAAGGCCCGUUUGUCAGAAGGAAUUUGGCUUUGGAUCAGUACUUAGUCGGAAGUUAUUUCUGUAAAAAUACGACUUGAACGCUACAUGAGAAGCUGGGCUAAUGAUUAUUCGUUUAAAACACCUUGGAACUUUAAAUUGAAAUUUUAUCGACCUUUCUUAACCUUUAAGUCCCAAGAAUGACCAACAGCAAUUUUCUUCCAUAAACAUAAAUUUAUCAUCUAGGGAAAAAGUUAUGAAACUUUAUCAAUUGAUCAAUAAAGAAAAAAUGCUUCUAUCUUUUAUUAAAUUCUCUCAACUAAUCAUUAGAAAAAUGUUUGGAGACAAGUCAGGAAAAUUUGCAUGUGCAUAUUGGAGCUUCGGGGUUAAAGAGAGAAGAAUUUUUUUAAAGGUCCAGAUUUAAAAGAGAACAGUUUUAAACAUCGAUCACAGCGCAUAGAUUUUACAACAAAUACAAUACUUUUAAUCAUUUGCAGUUAAUUAUUACAAACCUAGCGCAAAGAUUUUACAACAAAUAAGAAUACUGUCGAUCAUUUGCAGUUAUUACAGAACUAGCGCAUAGAUUUUACAACAAAAAAGAAUACUUUUGAUCAUUUGCAGUUACUACAGAACUAGCGCAUAGAUUUUACAACAUGUAAGAAUACUUUUGACCAUUUGCAGUUAUUACAGAACUAGCGCAUAGAUUUUACAACAAAAAAGAAUACUUUUGAUCAUUUGCAGUUAAUUAUUACAGAACUAGCGCAUAGAUUUUACAACAAAUAAGAAUACUUUUAGUUAUUUAGCCAAUAACCCAUGGGCUCCUAGUAUAGGGGAGCGAAAUCAAAAUGAGGACACCUAUCUAAUGCGCCAUUCACACUAAGUAAACAUGUUUAACUAAGCCAGGUUUUGAAAAUUGAAAAAUAUUCACGGAAAACUGGAACAGAGGUUUCAACACAGGAUUCAAGUUCAACAAGUUUUGUAAUUUGCACCGGGACUUAAUUCGCAAUCAGUUCAAGUCAGUAAGCAGCUUUUAUGAAGGAAACAAUUUUAAACUAUGUUUAACUAAACAGCUUUUAAACAUGUUUAAGCUUUGGUGUGAAUGGGGCUUAAGAACCAACUAAAAACUAAAUAGCAUAGAAAUAAUUACAAUGAAAGGAAGAAUACGUAUAUAAAAACCCUAUGUUAUAGCAGGAGCCGAGCUACUGGUUAUAGCCGAAUCAAAUAAAAUACACCCAACAAUAUACCCUAUUAUACCCAAUUAUUUUCCCUACUUAGGCAGCUAUUUUCGGUUACAAAUUCCUUUGUUCUUUAAAAAAAAUAAUCUUCGCAUAAGCCUCUCUUUACCUUCUUGAGGAAUACCGUAUGUACAAGUAAAAAAAACUUUAGCUGAUAUUUGGAAAUGUCCGAGGAACAGGAAAAUGUGUUGAAGAAAGACUGUGUGCAGGUGGGAAUGUUAAAAGGUUGUGAAUAUUUGAAACGAAUUUUUAAAAUUUUAAUGAGAUAAAUAUCACAGAACAUUAAACAUGAUAAACAUGUGUUAGAGCAGUGUUCAUCACUCUUUAUCAUCAUCAUCGCUCAUCAUCAUCAUCGGUCAUCAACAUCAUCAUCAUCAGGUAUUAUCAUUAUCAUCUUUAUCAUCGCUCACCAUCAUUCCUUAUCAUCAUCAUCAUCAUCAUCAUCAUCCCAGUGCAACGGUCUUAGAACCUUCUCCCUUUAGGCUACUCUAUCUUUAACCCAAAACUAACUGCACACUGAGCAAAUACAGCACAUACUGUGGGUUUCUCGCACUUUUGUAACAAAAUGUUUUUUUUCUUUCACUGUAACACAUUUAAAAUUUUUAUCAUUGCGAAUUGUUAAGAGCAAAUAACUCUAAACCUUACAAGAUUGACUAUUGAGAUGAUCUGAAAACUUAAAAAUCAUCUUCGUGAUUAAGCCGGGUGCUGUUUUACUGACGUCAAACAUCACAUAGCAUGUUGUGAAAGAAAAUAAUUAAGGUUAUAGAUCAGUGCAUUUUCAGUAAAUUGGAAAAUAGCCAACAUUGUCAGCAAAGAUAAGGUCAAAUGGAGGGAGUUUAUAGAAAUAAAAUCAGAGAUUCGUGAAACAUCACCGCAAUCGUACCUUCGUAGAAUGCAAUAACAACCCCGGUCGUUAACAUUUUAGUAAUAUUUUUGCUCAAUCUUCGUUUCAUGGAGAAAUCAAAGACGCGCCCAGUCUCCAACUACGUGAAGCUUUCAUCCACGAUAUUUUCAAUCUCUCUCUCAUUUUGUUUCGCGGCAUUGAUUCACGUCGAGAUUGAACUUCAUUCUCAUUGUGAAACACUUAAAGUGUUAAACCAAGAAAGAGAGAACAACAUCGAGCUACGAAAAGUCGUCGGUCGUCAUGAAAAUGUUAUGGAUUCUGUGUUGAAGAUGUUGCAGAGUGGAUCAUCUAAUUCUAAAGGUACUUGUGUACCCAGAAAUAAAAGUUCCUUCGUCUUUGUUUUGUAAUUUUUCGAUCUAAGCGCAAAUAAAUAAAAAAAAUGAUGGAAAGAUAAAUUUGCAGUCGCUUGAAAAUUCACAGAAUUACAGCGAAAGUGUGAGAAACCAGCUGUCAUUUUAAGAAGUCUAAAAAAGCUAAGUCAUUCCAGUUUGGCUGCUGUUGUUUGGUAACAUCACAGAAGCGACAACCUAUCAUUGCAUAGCGCAGUUUACGGGGAGUAAACGUUGUUUAUAAAUAUUGAGAUAGUAGUCGUAAAUUUUUUUUAUUUGUUCGAUUUAAUUUUUUGAAAGAGUAGUUUACAGUCCCCUCUUUUCCCCCGCCUGGUGGAGAAAUGGAGAUUGCUGUUUGAAAGACUGGCUGCAGAAAUGAAGAAUUCACUUCCUGUGUAUAUAUGAGCGUAAUCCAUAACAUGCUAGGAAUAACUUAAACAAACAUAGCACUUAAGACGAGAAGGAGCGAUCUCAGUCGAUCCUGCACAAAAUAGAAUACUAUGGGCGCGAUCCAUUCAACCAAAAUUUCCGGAAAUUUCGGUCCAAAACUCAAUGGAUCGGUUCGGUCCAACCGGAAAAGUUUCUAAAAAACAGGUCCACCUUUUGAGGUGGUCCUCUUUUGCCGGUCGGACCGGUCUGAAUUUUGGUUGAAUGGAUCGCGCCCUAUAGUUCUAUGGCCAUUCUUUUGGACUCUACUAAAGGAGAUAAGGUGUGAAUAAGGCCGCCUCUUAAUACUCCCCAGACGUAACAAGGGAUCGAGACUGAAGAAGAAGAGAGUAGGAUGGGGAGGGGGGUUGGAUUACAAGCAUUGUUUUACAGUGUAACCACGGACGGCCGGACCUUUAAACGCGACGUCUCCAAGUGGCGUAGGUGGCUCGCAAGCCGCGCCCAGAUUUUUAGUGAACGUGUUAAACCAUGGGCUCAUGGUUAAACUCGUGUUUGCUGAUUAGUAUAAAGAUUCUCGUAAUCAAGACACUGACACGCUGGCUUUGCUAUAUUUCAGAUGUAAAAAUUCGUCAAAAACGCCGUGUACAAAACAAGGUUUCAAACGUCAGUGAAACCUUAAGCCGUGAUGUCGUCAGGAAAGAAAUUCAACUGGCCUUACGGUAGCCUGGCCUGUACAAUUCGUUGUCCGAAAGGAAUCAGGGGAAAACGAGGCAGGCCUGGUCCCUUAGGGAAGCAUGGUCCGCCCGGGCCACAGGGACCACAAGGGCCUCAAGGCACUCAAGGAAUUCAGGGACCUCCCGGUCCCAAAGGCGACUAAGGUCCUGAAGGACCCAAAGGGGAUCCUGGUGAUUCCAUCUCAGCUCCCUCUGUUGUCUCACCACCGCUUUCUAUGGUGGUUAACGAAACUGAUGUAGCUUCACUGCAGGGUGAUGCUAAAGGAAAUCCAGUUCCUCAAAUAACAUGA